ACUUUUCCCACUUUGUCUGAAAGUCUUCUCAUUUUCCUUUGUUUUUCGUUUUUCAAUUUUCCUCGACUCUUCCAUCUCGAUCAACGAAUGUAGAUUCCAUAAACUCAAAUAUGUAUACUAUAUUUAUAUCACUCAAAUCAAAGUUUGGAUAAAACACAAGUAUGUACUAAGAAAGGAGUAGCAAAAACAAGUAAAAAAUGGGGUUGGACAGUCUCCUCCUCCAAGCAACAAGAUUCGUUUUCCACGUUCUCUCCUGGCCUUCAGUGACUGUGGUGUGCCCUUUGUAUACUUCAAUAAGGGCUAUAGAGAGUGAUAAGGAAUCCUGCUACCAGCACUGCCUUAAAUGUUGGGUCUUGUUUGCUAUAAUCACUCUCCUGGAAUGGACUUUUGCAGAAUUUGUACUAUGGAUUUACUAUUGGCCUCACGUAAAAGGAUUAGCAUAUCUCCUGCUUGCUCUGCCUUAUUCUGGUUCUGCUUCUUUCAUCUAUUCUCGGUUUGUUAAGCCAUACAUCACACCAGAUUCCUGCGUGCAUUGCAUCUUUCUUAUCCCGGAAAUGAUAAAUUUCACAUUCGGCAAACAGAACGAGUGCACUGAUGCAGCAUUGGCACAUAUCGAAGAAUAUGAAGAGGAAAAAUGGGAAAAUUUAUUCAAUUGUGAGAUUGAAUCUUAUCAUACUUUGGAGCAGAAAUCCAGUAUAAAGGAAAUUCAAUAUGAGGAAGUACGUGAGAAUUUUGUUACUUUCAAGGGUGAAUCUGAUCUGACUUCAAACCAGCACAGCUUACCACAGAAAGUACUUAGUAAAAAGCAACUGAUUGCUACUAAUGAAUUAGUGAGAUCAGCUCGAGAAUAUAGAGAGGAAGUAUCAGCAAGAUCGGUGAUUCGUGAGACUUAUUACCAGCCAGCCAAUUUGAAGAAUGUUCAAAAGGAGUGGAGCUGUCCCCUCUGUCUAGUGAGCACGAGCCGUGAGAAAAACUUGAGGGACCACAUCCAAGGUAGGAAGCACAAGCUCAAGGAAAAGGAAUUCAAAGAAAACGAAGCAGUCUCGUUAAAAGAAGUCCAGAGCCUAUCAAAACUAAAUGCAGAUUAUCGUGUCACGGGUUUACUCGAGAGUUUCAAGUCGAUACAAUUGACAGGCUUAUUUAACCGACCCGUUAAGUUAUGCAGUUGGAAAAAGCCCGAUUGUGGAUGGAUCAAGUUGAACACGGAUGGGUCUGUAGACAAGGAACACGCGGGGUUUGGUGGGUUGUUGCGUGACCACAAUGGUGCGCCUAUAUGCGCUUAUGUUUGUAAAGCUCCACGGGGCGAUUCAUUCAUGGUCGAACUAUGGGGCAUAUGGAGAGGCCUCCGGCUUGCCUCGACUAUGGGGAUUAAGUUUAUAUGGGUGGAGUCGGACUCGAUGAGCGCGGUGAAAAGCAUCAACCGAGAACAACCGUUGUACGCCCCAAUGGCGAGCGGCUGCCUAGAGUGUAUUUGGGAAACACUGAAGACAUUCGAGAAGUACCGAGUGAGUCAUUCGUAUAGAGAGAGUAACAAAGCAGCUGACUAUUUAUCAAAGAUGGAGGUGAAGGGAAGAGAUGACGUUGUACUAUUGCCAGUUGGUUUUCCCAGAUGCCUCAAGAAAAUGAUUGAAGAUGAUGCCCAGGGGAAAUGGUAUUAUAGAUCAUGAACUCUAUUUGAUUGUGGGUUUUGAAAUUUGUUUAGUCUUUUUGCUUUGUACUUGUCUUUCUCUUGUAUCUAAAGAAAGACAUGUUAACGUGUAGCCACUCAACUUUACCAUGUAGUAAAUAUUAUUGGCUGUUUUUUGCCACAACCUAUAGUCGAAAUAGUGUAGUGAUGUUCUAAGAGUA